AUUGGCUUCUGAGUAGAGUGUUGAUGUAAAUACUCUGUGAUGGCGAUUUUUGUUGUUGUGAGACAUUCGAUUUUAUUGGAUGUUUCAAGAAAUUGUAUACACUCGAAUUGAAGUAAUUCUUUCAUUAUCCGAUGAUACUCAUGAAUGACAUUGAAUUGAACAUUGUUUUAGUCAGGUUAUACUGAUAAAUUCAGAGAAAAGAACAAUGUGUUUCCUGUGCAGAGAAAUGAAAACAAAUAUUGAAUAUAUAUAAUAAAAUUGCUGAUAACAGUCAAAUAAUAUGGCUCAAGUUGCUGCAGAAAAAGAAGCUAGCGAAGUUCUUCACUCUUUAUUGUCUGUUGAACGUAUUGAGAAUAAAGUGGACAUAGUGGAUGGUGGAGACAGUAAUGAUUCACCCCAGAACUCAUAUCAACACAGUCAACAAAAAUCUAAUGAAAAUGGAGAAAAUGAAGCAACUCUUCAAUGGCAUACACCUGUACAAUUGGGUACCCAUUCUUUAUUUUCCACUAUUGAUGCGAACAGUCAUUUUACCCACACAAUGGAUGAUCAUCAGGUAGUCAUAUGGGAAGGUGCAGCCUUACAAGUGGAGCCAGAGCAUAAGUAUAAUGUGAAUACUAUUUAUACUACGACACAAGUUAUUGAAGAUGAUGAGAACAUCGAAACUCAUUCAUCUAAAAUUCAAAAUCAAAUCUGUGGUUCCAAUGUGAAGACUAAAACUUCUCCCAAAGUGAAUAAUAAAAAAUCACCAGUGAAAAAAAAGAAGAAGGCCGAACCUAUAGAUUCAGUUGAUGAUGACCCUACACAACUGGAAGAAAGCUCUGCCCAAGUAAAGGAAAGGUUUAAAAGAGGAUGUGAAUGUCAAGAUGAAAGCUGUUUUAGGGGCUUGAAUCCAGAUAAUGUAUACAGACAUAGACUGAAUAUAGCUGAGUUAACUAAGGGUGAACAUGACAUGUAUUUGAUGGGUGUUACAAUGGCAUGUCUGGCAAAUCCAGAUACUACAGUUAGGCAUAAAGAAAGGAGGCGAUUGAGAGCUCAGUAUGUUUACCAAGGAAGAAGAGUUUGCUUGGAUGCUUUCUUGUAUUUAGAAAAUUGUACGCACUAUCAACUCAAACGAAUAAGAAAACAUGUAAUGACUCAUGGAGUAGCUCCCAGAAUCCAUGGCAAUCAUGGAAAGAAGCCACACAAUACUUUUCCUUUGAAUAUUUAUAGACAUGCCACUGACUUUCUCAAACAGUAUUUGGAGCAGCAUACUGGAGAUCGUGAUAUUGUUAACACAAAACAACCGAUACAGCUGCCAUGGGAUGUUACAAGGAAGAACUUGCAUGAUGCUUAUAAAGAAUAUAGCCAAAUUUUGGACCCUGGCACUAAACUUAUGGGCUAUUCUACUUUCCGUCAUUUCAUGAAAGAGCAAUUCCCUCAUGUCAAAUUUUGUAAAGUUGAACCUAAACCUUCUUUGAAUUCUUCAAGCAAUCAGCAAAACCAAACGCAGCAGAAUCAAUCUCAACAGAUUCAUACACAACAUUCAAUGCUAAAACAGCAAACCAUUGAAAUUCCUCGGGAGCAACAGCUUCGUAAAUGUAUCAUAAAUGAGGAUAUUCAGCAGGUGAUCCCCUUAGUUGUUGCUCCAAACGAUGGUUCUGCAACGCAACAUCAUCAACAAGCAUUUUUGGUUACACCAGUUCCAGCAUUGAUUCCUAAUAAUAAUAUUUCCACAGAACAAAAUACCAAUCACACAACAGCAAGUACAUUUUCUUAUCAGUUGACUAAUACUGGUUAUGUCAUCAAUGAACAGGGUAAUAUCGUCACCACCAUGGCAAAUUCUCAACACCACACUCCAUAUACUUUCAAUAGAAUGUGAAAUUUUUUUACCCCCAUUAAUUUAUUUUAUUGUAAAUAUUGAAUUUUAUGUAUUAUUGUUGUAAUUAUUCAUCUAAAUAUACCUAACAUCAACAUA